UGGCGUGUGUACUUCAGGGGUCCUUCCGAUCUGUCGGAAACCGCAGAGCAGCGCAGUUGGAGCAGCGCCGAACCCACCUACAAUUUGUUUUUUUUCUAAUCCUCAUAGCCACCAUGACUAUGCUGGGGACUGUCGCCAAACAGCUCAAGAAUCAUCCAGCUCUGAUCCCUCUGUUCAUCUUCAUUGGUGGCGGGGCGACCAUGAGCAUGAUGUACCUUGGCCGACUGGCCCUGAAGAAUCCUGACGUCUGUUGGGACCGUAAGAACAACCCUGAGCCUUGGAACAAGAUGGAGCCCACUCAGCAAUACAAAUUUUUCGCAAUAAAUAUGGACUACUCCAAGCUGAAGAAGGACGGGCCCGAUUUCUAAACCCAACCCUGUUUUUGUCAUCCCUGCAAAGAGGAGCCUUUUGCACAACACCUGACCGAAGUGUGGGUCAUAUCGGGUGCUACUGUCGUCCAGUCGGUUCAUCUAUAAAGUGUGAAAAUAUGACUAUAAAUAAAACAGCCUGUUUCACUGACUAAUUGAUAUAUUUAUUUUUAACUUUGCUGUGUUGUAAAUUAUUAAAAGCCAUAUAAUUCA